AGCCAGCAAAGGCUCCAACUCACCGUCACACGGAACCGCGAGCGGCGGUCGUGCUGCGAAUGUCGGCGUCGGAAGCUGAAAUGCGACCGCGGCUUGCCGUGCGGCAGCUGCGUUCGUAGAUCAGAUGCCGGAUCCUGCACCUACCAGCAAUUCGCCGCCGAACUCGAUGACGGUAACCACGGGCGCCAUGCACAGUCCGAAGCACGCCUGAAGCGUCUGGAGCAGCUCAUUAUGCGCCUCGCCGCCCAGGCUGGGGCACCCACUCCCCAUUCGAUCGAGCUAUGCCCAUCAGCACCUCUCCCGGGAGAACAGAGCACCGGCUCCGCCUCCAGCAGCCGCACGUCGAAUCGCGAGCUGCCAACCGAGAGUGCACCUGAAAGAGCCGAAGACGAGCCUAUCUACAGCGGCUCUACGCAUUGGUCGGCCAUGCUCGAAGACAUACAGCAGCUCCGUUGCUCGACUGCACAGCUGAACCGUUCGCCGAGCCCGAACUACCCUACGGUAGAGCCGGGCGAUAGAAAUAGCAGCAUCAUCAGCAUGCUCUUCCGCCCCUCGACCACAGCGUCUCUCGAGGGUGUCCUGACCUUUUACUUGCCCCCGCGCCAGGAUGUCGACCGCCUCAUCUCUGCGUAUUUCCGGUCCAAAACCAUUAGCGCACCCUUUAUCCACGGGGGGCAGUUUCGGAGACAAUACGAGGCCUUUUGGCAGAACCAGACCGCAACUCCACCCCUGUGGAUUGCUAUACUGUUCUCCAUCUGCCAUAUCUCUGCCAAUACGCUCGUCGUUGGCAAAGGGGCCCUGAACGGCGACAGCCGAUUUGCCGUCGCUGCAGCCCACUGCCUGGUUCUUGGAGAAUACUUCCGCCCGAAGCGUUUUGCUGUCGAGGGCCUCCUGAUUUUUUGCCAAGCGCAAUCCCUCACCAGCGUCUCGGCACCCCCUGACAUUGGCGUCCUCGCGGGGCUUCUCAUGCGCAUCGCCACGAGCAUGGGAUACCACCGCGACCCGACCGCCCUGCCAUUGUCGUUCUCGCCGUUCGAGACGGAACUGCGUCGCCGCACGUGGUCCAUGUGCAUGCAACUCGACCUGCUGAUCGCGUUCCACCUCGGCGUGCCUAGCAGCCUCCAGUUCCCGACCUGGGACACGAAGGCGCCGAGCAACCUGAUGGCGUCCGACUUUGACGAGAACAUGGCCAUCUGGCCCACGUCCCGGCCUGACUCGGAGGUCACCGAGGUCCUCUUUUACAUUGCCAAGCACAAGAUAAUCGUCGUCUUCGAGAAGAUCUUGCGACACACGCUCGAUGCCCAGCUGGAAAACCCCGUAGCGCGCGAAAGAACCGUCAACGAGCUCGACGCCGAGCUGCGGGCUGUCUACGGCGCCAUUCCCAACAUCCUCAUCCCGAUCCCCAUGACCAACUCGGUCGUGGACCCGUCGUCGCUCAUCGCCACGCGCCUCUGCCUGUCCUUCAUCUACCGGAAAUGCCUCGCCGCUCUGCACCGUCCGUACGUGCUGCAGCGCCGGCCCGCGAGCAUCCUCGCCUGCUACAAUGCGUCGCUGGGCCUGGUCAGAGACUUUGCCGACGCGUGCGACGAAUUCUUGUCGGGAGGGCAGGCCGAGGCGGAGCGCUGGUUCAUCAGCAGCAUCAACUGGCAAGACUACCUGUUUGGUGCGACGGCGCUGUGUCUCGUCCUC